GGGUUGGGCCGGCGGUCCGCUGUCGUUUGAUUCUCCUCCCCCCGCAGAAACUGGAAAGAGAAUUUCUCUGUCUCUCUUAAAAGGGAGGCCUUUUCUCAUCUUUCAAAAUCCCUAAAAUUUCAAAAAUUUUGUUAGCUUUUAGCUUUUCUCUUUCUGAUCCAUCUCUCUAUCAAUCAAUUAUGGCUUCUCGAAGACGUAUGCUUCUCAAGGUCAUAAUCCUCGGCGACAGCGGGGUUGGAAAGACAUCUCUGAUGAACCAGUAUGUGAAUCGUAAGUUUAGCAAUCAGUACAAGGCUACAAUUGGAGCUGAUUUCUUGACAAAAGAAGUUCAGUUUGAAGAUAGGUUGUUCACAUUACAGAUAUGGGAUACAGCUGGACAAGAAAGGUUCCAAAGCCUUGGUGUGGCUUUUUACCGUGGGGCAGACUGUUGUGUCCUCGUGUAUGAUGUUAAUGUCAUGAAAUCCUUUGACAAUCUCAACAACUGGCGGGAGGAGUUUCUGAUUCAGGCCAGCCCAUCUGACCCUGAGAACUUUCCCUUUGUUGUAUUGGGGAAUAAGAUAGAUGUUGAUAGUGGCAAUAGUCGGGUGGUUUCUGAAAAGAAAGCAAGGGCAUGGUGUGCCUCCAAGGGAAACAUACCCUACUUUGAGACCUCUGCAAAAGAAGGCUUCAAUGUGGAUGCUGCUUUUCAGUGUAUAGCCAAAAAUGCUCUUAAGAAUGAACCUGAAGAAGAACUGUAUCUUCCUGACACCAUUGAUGUCGCUGGUAGAGGAUGGCAGCAGAGAUCUACAGGUUGUGAAUGCUAAGGAAGCUACUCUACUCUGUUACUUGGAUUGCAGAUACAGUUGUCAUUUAACAUCUCCCCAUUCAUUAUGCAGUAGUUAUAACAAAUAAUUAUUAUUUAAGGAGGGUUAUUCAGCUCCAAUAUGUGUAUUAUUAGUGCAUCAAAAAGAUCUAUAUUUGAUUUGUUUUUAACCCCAUUGAAGUUGUGAUUGUUUCAUUUCCCGUGUGUACUUGUCAAAUUGUGAUUUAUUUGAAAAUGUGAUUUUAUUUGGAA